CCCGGACGGGGUGGCGGCUGAGUGGGUUUGCUCGGCGGCCAUGCAGAUAGGAGCCCGACAUGCAUCCUUAAACGGCGAGUUGGGCAGUCCCCUGGGACCCCCCCCCCCACCCCACCCCAUCGGCCAGGCAAGCCUCGGUGGUACGAGAUACCACCCACUUAGGCGUUGAUCAUGCUAGGCCGGAUCUGGGUGCCAGGGGUCUUCAUCGUGCCUCAUGUGUGUUGAUCUCUUUGAAAUUGUAUAACCUCCAAGUUUGUUUGUUUGUCUGUCUUUGCAGGUCUUCUUACCUCUUCUGAAUCAUGUGAGGCGUCGAGCGCUCUCCCUAUGAAAACAAUGGCCAAGACUUGCCUUCCGCCAUGCAAUUUGAGGCUCAGCCCCUCUCCAAGUCAUCGGACUCGAGGCUGUCGGCCAUCAUUGAAGGAAAGCAGGGGGCGGCCAUGAAACCCAUACGGGCAGCCGCGGCCCCAGACCACGUAUGCAUGCGGGAAAAGCUACCGAACAUCAGGUCGAAGCUCCAGCCAGACAGAUUGCUACUUCUGAGGGUCAGCAACUGAGCGUUCCAGGCAUAGCACAAGCACAACAUGUGGACGUGUUAGACUCUGAUGAUGAUUCUGGUGCUCGGGAGGACCCGAAUCUUUGGUGGGGCCUCGAUAAUAGCGGGAUAGCGAACCUCCCCCAUCAUAUCCAAGUCGGGGACCUUGUCGUUGCAUACAGCCUGAUCGGUGCCAAUUGUUCAUUGAGAACUCCGGAGGCUACCGAGGUACUGAGUGAUCCCCCAGUCCAUUACUUUGGGGUCCAUAUCCGCUCUCUGGAGCUAGGGAUGGUUGUGCCUCUGCAUCCUUUUCUGGUUUGAUUUCUUCACUUCUUGGGUGUGGCACCGGGCCAACUGGCUCCGGCGGCUCAUAUGUUCGUCGCAGCUUUUGUGGCGUGAUGUGAGGAUGUGGGCCUCACUCCCACGAUCGAUUUGUUUUUUAGCUGCUUCCAGUGGCACGCCUCCAGCUUUUUGCCUCAGUUUCCCAGAGGCCGGUGAGCAAGCUAUUCCGACCGUGUUACCUUGACUCAGGUAGCCGAUGGAAGAAGAGGUGGAUCUGGGUGUCCGACCCCACCCUUCUGUCACCUCCGUUUCAGUGGGGUGAGCGGCUCCGGAAGUGUGAUCGGGUCGCCCUCUCCCCUGACCUCAAGUCAUCCAUCGAGAUGUUGUCUAUAGGCGGUCCCCGAUCCAUCAGCUCAUACUUAGAUGUGCCAGAUAGGCCUGAGAAGCAUACUGUCGGUGCCGAAUCCGAUGACGAUGACGAAGAAGCCCAGCCAUUCAUCGCUCGUGUAGCUUUCACGGCCACCAAGGAAAAAGAGCAUGGAGCUCCCCCAGACCGUGUAUGAUAGAGUAUAUAGACUCGGACCCCCGGGUCUCACGACUAUUGGGCCCGGACAGCGGCCCACAUAUGUUCAGU